AGCAAAGCCAGUAUUAAUUCGGUCAUCGCUGUGGAACGUUCUGACAGAAUGCGUCACAAUUUUUUCUUCAAGAAGGAUAAUGUGAAGUUUGAAAUAUUUUGUGAUUAUUUUGUAUUCCUAGAGGGAGAGAAUAUCCGUGAUACUGGAGUAAAGUUUUGCAACAAAAAAUUUUUCGAGUUCCCUCAAUGUGAUAUGAAAUGAAACGACUGCGUGUGGAUGAAACAGUUAAAGAAGGAGGUGGUUCUCUAUCAAGCACCCUCUACAGACAACCCAUUUCUAAUUCAUCCACCUUAUCGUACACAACAGCAGGCGCUGUUAAAGUAGUCAGUGAGGGAAUGCAAGCUGGAAUAUACCCGUCCGCCCCAUCCGUAAAUUACGGAACCAUGCCGACGGUUACAGUCACUCAUUCUGGUCAUAGCCAAAUCAGGAAUUCUGAGAAUUCUCCUCCAUCUGCUCAGGAGCCGGCUCAGCAGCAAAGUCCCGGUAGUAAUUUCCAUCGAUUGAAAGUAGAAGAUGCUCUUUCCUAUCUGGAUCUGGUCAAAUUCAAAUUCAAUUCAAAACCUCAAGUGUAUAAUGAUUUCCUGGACAUUAUGAAGGAGUUCAAGAGUCAAAGCAUCGACACUCCAGGUGUAAUCGAAAGGGUUUCAAAUCUUUUUGAUGGUUUCCCAGAUCUUAUUGUUGGUUUCAAUACAUUCCUACCACCUGGUUAUAAGAUAGAAGUGCAGAAGAACAACGACGGUUAUGCGUUUCAUGUAUCAGUCAGCAUGGGAAAUGUGCCUGGCAGCUCAGAAAAUCAUCACAAAACAUCGAUGAUAAUGAAAGGUUCUGGCACAUAUAACACUUCGGUCUGUGGACAACCUAUCACUCAUACCCAGCAAGGAGUACCAGUACCAUCCCACAUUUCUCCUGUGCCUUCUCAGGCACCACCACCACAACCACCUAUUGUGCAACAUGCGAACACAUAUGCCAACAAUGCGACGUCUUACAAUUCUCUGUCGUUGUCUGCAGCACAAGCGGCAGUAAGUCAGGCCCUACAAGGUCAUUCAGAAGCCCCUCAAAACCAGCCAGUGGAAUUCAACCAUGCCAUCAAUUACGUCAAUAAAAUUAAGAAUCGCUUCCAAGGUCAACCGGAAAAGUAUAAGAGGUUCUUGGAGAUACUUCAUACCUACCAGAAGGAGCAACGUACACUUAAAGAAACUGCAGGUGGACUGGGAGGCAAACAGUUGACAGAACAAGAGGUGUACAGUCAAGUAGCGAAGCUCUUCGAGAACCAAAGCGAUCUUUUAGCGGAAUUCGGACAAUUUCUACCCGAUGCCACAAGCCAUAUGAAUCAAGUUCAAUCGUCGGAACUCCACAGUUCCAAAAAAUUAGCGGUUAAACCAACAUUCCGUGAGAACCUGGUGGAGAGAAGCAUACCUACUAAAGUCCCAAUCACCCCCUGUCAGAAAAGAUCGCUUUCACCGUAUUCGAGUUGUAGAGAGGGCCAUACACAGAAGAAACAUAAGUUAAGCUCCAGCCGAGACAGCACACUCUCAGAAGCUAGAAAAUAUGGAACUCUGAAGGAUUACGCGUUUUUUGAUAAGUUGAGAAAGUCGAUGAAAUCCUACGACACCUACGAAAAUUUCUUGAGAUGCUUAACCUUGUACAAUGAGCAGAUUGUUACAAGAGGCGAAUUGAUAUUGAUGGUCAAUCCGCUCCUUGGGAAGUUUCCAGAGUUGAUGAGAUGGUUCAAAGAUUUUCUACGCUCAGAAACGGAAAAUGUUUCAUUCAAUACCGUUCAAAAUGAAAGGCCUAAAGGAGACCUUGCCCAAGAAAUCGAUUUUGCAACUGCCAAAAGGCUAGGUGCAAGCUACUGUAUCAUUCCAGCGUCUCAAGAAGUACAAGUCAGUUCUAGUCGAACCCAACUGUGUAAGGAAGUGUUGAACGAUCAGUGGGUCUCCUUUCCGACAUGGUCUGAGGACAGCACUUUUGUUGGUUCGCGCAAAACGCAAUACGAAGAAUACAUGUACAGAUGCGAGGAUGAAAGGUUCGAGAUGGACGUUGUGAUCGAGACAAACGCCGCGACAAUUAGGGUUCUAGAAAAUGUACAGAAAAAGAUCAGUAGAAUGAAGCCCGAGGAACUUUCUAAUUUUACAUUGGAUGAUAAUUUGGGCGGAAGUUCUGCAAUUCUCCAUCAAAAAGCGUUGAAACGGAUUUAUGGUGAGAGAGCAAAAGAUAUUAUCGAGGGAUUAAAGUGCAAUCCUGCUGCUGCAAUCGGUACAAUUUUAACUCGUUUGAAAUCUAAGGAGGUGGAAUGGCGGGAAGCCCAAAAAGGAUUCAACAAGAUUUGGCGUGAACAAAAUGAAAAAUAUUAUCUGAAGAGUUUGGACCAUCAGGGCAUGAAUUUUAAGGCAACUGAUGUGAAAGCCUUGAGAUCAAAAAGCCUGUUUAAUGAGAUAGAGACUUUGUUCGAUGAGAGGCAUGAACAGAAUGAGGAAUCAGGUGGAGAGGUUGUUACUGGACCACACAUUGUAAUUCCUUACAAAGAUCGCACCAUUUUAGAUGAUGCCACUAAUUUACUUAUUCAUAAUGUCAAAAGACAAACGGGAAUACAAAAAAGUGAGAAGCACAAAAUAAAACAAUUCCUCUUCAGAACUUUACCAGAAUUCUUUUUUCAUCCCAAGCAGCAUCUGAGUGAUGAUGAAGAAGAUGAGAAAGAAGAAGGUGAAAGUCCAAACAGUAGUCCUAGUAGCAAUAGAAAUUCUAAAAGUACCUCGAACUGUGGUAAAUCGCCUGUACGAUCAGAAUCGGACAGAGCCGAACCUGAAUCUAAUACAAAAGAACAAACACUUCCACACGCCCAAACGAAUGAUCCAGAGGAAGCAUAUACUCUCUUCAUGGGCAACAAUAAUUGGUAUAUUUUUCUUAGAUUACACGCAAUUUUAUGCGAUCGACUGUCUAAAAUUUAUGAAAGAUCUGUGAUAUUGGCGGAGGAAGAAGCGAGACAACAGCCGAAGCGAAAAGAAAGCACAGCAAUAUCUCUUAGGUUAAAACCGAAACCCCACAUUGAAGUACAAGAAUACUAUCCUGCCUUCUUAGAAAUGGUGAAAAAUCUGUUGGACGGCAAUAUGGACGCGAACGCUUACGAAGAUACUCUCCGUGAAAUGUUUGGCAUCUACGCUUACGUUGCUUUCACAUUGGACAAAGUUGUGUCUAAUGCUGUCAGACAGUUGCAACAUUGUGUGUCCGAAAAAACGGCAAAAGCGUGCACGGAUCUCUUCUUAUCGGAACAGAAGAAGGGCGCCACUGGAGGUCUGUGCAUAACGGCCUACAAACGAGCGCACGCCGAGUUUGCGUAUCAGAGGGCGGCCGAGAAGGCGGUGCAGGAUGAAAAUUGCUUCAAAAUAUUCUUUUACAAAAAAGAUUGUAGAAUGACUAUUGAACUACUGGACACCGAAAACGAUGAUGGUAAGAGAGUUGAAGAGACUAAAAAAUGGAGCAUGUACAGAGAGAGCUACAGUGAUUGCAUGAACACGGGGAAGAUCAAGUCGCCUGUGUUUUUGGAGAGGAACCUUCGAUUGUAUAAAAAGAGGGCCAUGAAGAGCAUAUCCCACUCUAGAAGGAAUGCCAAAAAUCGCCAGAAUUUUUCAUCUGCAGAAGACGAAAAACGCGAGCAAGCAGGUGAUGAUGUAGGGGAAAAAAGUAGUGAAAAAUUCGAAGGUGAACUGAGAGGAUGCAAUGUACCAGAACGCAAUCAAACGCAUCAUCCAGGAUAUCACGUUGCAGAUGACACAGAAUGCAAAUUCAAUUUCCAAGACUCCAAGAUAGUGUUUACCUCUAAUAAAGACAGUUAUAUAUAUAAAGUUAGUGCCUUAGAAAGAGCGAAAGAGUCUCAUCCUAGUAUAACGAUGCGACUUUCAACUCGAUUCAAAUAUUGGCUUAAGGGGUGGGUAAGUGAAAACGUGAGUGACUUACAACAUAAACAAUGUAUGGACUGGUUGAUGGGACGUUGUGAAGGUGUUGUGCCGAACAGGACUAGAAUUUUAACGGACAAUGAUACCUCCAGGCCUCCCUACAUGUCCUACAAUAGAUACAAAGUUGACCAACUCGUUAAGGACGGUACUUGAAUGAAGGUGGGCCGUUUCAAGAACGCAAAUGUGUUUAAGACUUCAUGUACCUUAGAAGACAAGAAGGAAGGUGCCUCCAGAGGAUUUUUUUUCUCGUAGGAUCUUGUAUCUAACAUUCAAUGUUAAAACUAUUUAUUAUGCUUAUCAUUAUGAUUUUGUGAAAAUAAGUUAUCAAUCCAUUUAUUGAAUAGGGACCUAAGUUGUUUUGUACAUUUUUUUUAUUUGAUUUUGUAUGUUUCUUUGUUUUCCAAGAAUUGUGGAUCAUAUUUUAUUCUGUAAUGCCACCGACGGUGGAAUGUACCCACUUUGUUUUCUAUGUUAUUGCUUGUUUAAGUUGAACAUUUGUGUGUUUUAAUCGAUUAAUAGCUUACGAGUACGACCUUAGGGAGAAGUCUGUGAAAAUUAACUCCCUGAAAGUGAGCAAUUAUUUUUUGGAUUUUUGCUUCAAAAUACAUUUAUUCCACGGUUUUCUAUAUAAACAUCAAUAAUUGCAAACAAAAUUGAAAUUAUGUAAUAAUGACGCAGGUAACUUCAAUUUUAGAAUUGUUAAAUUAUUUGUUUUUCAACUUCGCUCCAGACGAAAAUUAUUUCACUCUAAGGUCAUUAUAUUCUGUCAUUUGGUUUGUUGAAAAAUUCAAAUUUUAUAUUCAGAAUGUUGACAUAUUUGAAGAAAAUUGUCACAAUCUAACAACAUAAAUAAGGCUUGUAAUUUUGUACUUGAAAAGAAAAUGUUUUCUUUUUGCUGAAGUUCAUAGGAGUACACAUGGUUUCAUUUAAUGACUAGUUUUUCUUUGGAUAUGACACCAUUUUUGUACCAUGAUUUAUAUAAUAAUGCAAAGAGAAAAUAACCAAUGUAAUAUAUACAUUCCAUUUUAUACUCUAUUCAAUGUACAUUUAUAAUUCCUUGUCAAAAAUGUUGGUUAUUUUCUUCAUAGUCAUCUCACAAUUAAUUAAAGUUGUUGAAAGUGAGAGGAGCAAUAUGUAUAAAGUUGAUAUUUGAAUCAAGAAUGUAUCUACAUUUAUAAAAAAGAAUCCCAAUAUAAAAAAUUUGUUUUACUUGCUAACAAUAACAGGCACUGAAUAUG